AUGUGUAUGCGAGUUUCGCCAGCUGAUUCCGGCAACAGCGGAAUCUUAUUUGUUGGAUUCAAUCAAGACUAUGGAUGUUUUGCAGUUGGUAUGCAAAAUGGAUUUAGAAUUUUUAAUUCCGACCCUUUAAAACAAUUAGAACGUUAUGAAUUCGAUAUCCGUGAUGGAACUGGUGUAGGCUAUAUGGAAAUGUUAUUCCGUACAAAUCUACUGGAAAUUACUUGUGCAACAGAUGUUCGAGGUAUUCGUUUAAGACAUGAUCGAAUAAUAAUUAUCCUUGUAAAUGCCAUCAAAGUGUACACUUUCAGUCCAUCACCGCAAUUAGUUUUCGAGUCAAAAACAUGUUCAAAUCCUUUAGGAUUAUGUUAUGUAUGCCAAAGUGUUGAUAAUCCAUUGGUUGUAUUCCCCGGCCGUCGACCCGGUACUGUUCUACUUGUACAUAUUGGAAAUACUAGUGGCAAUGUGAUUGUGAACAAUAAUAAUAUGAAUAUGAACAGUACUCCUAUGAGUGGUAGUACCAGUAAUCUGAGUAAUAUGAAUACAAAUAUUGGAGGUUCAAGUUCUUCUUCUACUAAUAUUACUACUACCACACCUAUUAGUAGUACAAUGUGUCCAUCAUCAACAAAUGCAACAAAUAUGCCACCGAGACAAAUUGUCGCACAUGAAAACCCUCUGGCAUCGAUUAGUUUAAAUCGUGAUGGUUAUCUAAUGGCGACAGCAUCACAGAAAGGCACUUUAAUACGUGUCUUUUCAACAAAAGACUGUAGUCUACUGCAUGAGCUACGACGGGGGACUAGUCAAGCUACAAUUACUUCAUUAUCAUUUAAUAAAGAUAGUGAUUUGUUGUGUGUCACGAGUGAACGUGGUACAGCGCACAUCUUCUGUUUGGCGAAAGAUACUACUUCUGCUUCUUCUUCUUCUUCUGCGUUAUCGUCUUCAUCGAAUCUGCGUAAUACACCGACUGGAGGAGGGAAUAGUCCUCAUUUUAUAAAAUCUACAGGAUCCGGUUCUGGUAAGCUUUUUCCACGUUCUCUAUUUUCUAAUACAAGCCAUGUACGAUGUGUUUUGGAGACUAAAUUCAAGGCAAUAUGCGCCUUCAGUGUUGUCAGUCCUGAUACACUAAUUGUUUUAGCUGCUGAUGGUUCCUAUUACAAGUAUACAUUUACAGCGAAUGGUACUGUAACACGUGUAACAUUUGUGAAUUUUCUAGACUUCUACGAUGAUGAAACAGAUUUCUAA